AUGGACCCUGCAGGCGCGCUGGCGCGCAACGGGCCGGGCUGCGUCUGCCAGCGCAAGGAAUGGGCCCCGCGGCCAGCGGGCGAAUGGAGGGCCGCGCCGUGGAGGCCCGCGGCGACUGGACCUCGUAUUCCUCUUAAGCGGGGGAGUAAGGCGUCGGAGGAGCAGUCUGCGGCAGCGAGUGCGGCUGUGGCGGAUCGGCUGGCCGGAACGGCAGAGCCGCCUGUGGAGGAUGAGUUCUAUGACGCGAUCAUUAUUGGGGCUGGAAUGGGCGGAUUGUCCACAGCCACACAGCUGGCGUCUGAAGGGGCCAAAGUCCUUGUUCUUGAAAAGUACAUCAUUCCUGGUGGCAGCGCAGGCUUCUUCGAGCGGGAAGGCUACACUUUUGACGUUGGCUCUAGCAUGAUGUUUGGAUUUGGAAAGGAGGGAACCACAAACCUCAUAACUCGUGCCUUGGCAGCUGUUGGCCGGGAGAUGGAAACUGUCCCUGACCCCACCCAGAUCCACUACCACCUUCCCAAAACUCAAGCUCAUCCCAAGGGCCUGUCCGUUCAUGUUUGGAGGGACUAUGAGCAGUUCGUUGCAGAGCUGACAGACCAGUUUCCUCAUGAAGCAGAGGGCAUUCGCAAGUUCUACGAUGAGUGUUGGGUAGUUUUCAAUUCUCUGAACACGCUUGAGCUGAAGAGCCUUGAAGAACCCCGUUACCUCCUGGGCGAGUUUGUGAAGCACCCGAUCGAGUGCCUGCAGCUGGCUUUCAGGGUGCUCGCCAACACGGGGGACGUGGCACAGCAGUUUAUUAAGGAUGAGGAGUUACUCAAGUUCAUCGACAUGGAGUGCUUCUGUUGGAGCACUGUGCCAGCCAGCUUCACACCUUUGAUCAACGCUGGCAUGGUGUUCUGUGACAGACACUUUGGUGGGAUAAACUACCCAGUGGGGGGAGUGGGCAAGAUUGCACAGGAGCUGGCUGCUGGCCUUGAAAACUAUGGUGGGCGGAUAAUGUACAAGGCCAAUGUGAAGGAGAUAAUCACUGAGGGUUCUGGAGAGGACAUGGUUGCGGUUGGUGUUAGGCUGGUGGAUGGCCGGGAGCUCAGGGCAAAGACUGUUGUCUCAAACGCGACUCGAUGGGACACCUUUGAGAACAUGCUUGGGAAGGUGCCUAUGCCAAAGGCAGAGGUGAAGUUUCGGCAACGGUACAAGAAGUCUCCUUCUUUCUUCAGCAUACACAUGGGAGUCCAGGAGGAUAUUCUUCCUCCCUCAACAGAUUGUCACCACAUUGUUUUGGAGGAUUGGACAAAGAUGGAGGAACCUCGAGGCACCCUCUUUGUCUCCAUCCCAUCGCUUUUGGACCCGACAGUGGCGCCCAAGGGAUGCCACCUUGUGCAUGCCUUCACCCCUGACUGGAUGGAUGCGUGGAAGGGUCUGCCCCCAGGGGAAUAUGAGGAGAAGAAAGAAGAGGUUGCUGAUUCCAUCAUUCAGCGGUUAGAGGCAAUAUUCCCAGGGCUUGGAGAAGCUACGGUCUACAGGGAGUGUGGCACACCAAGGACCCACCGAAGAUUUUUGAAUCGUGAGGAUGGGAGCUAUGGGCCCAUCCCCUCACGACGCCCUCUUGGGAUGAUGGGUAUCCCUUUCAAUCGAACCGCCAUCAAGGGAUUGUAUUGUGUCGGAGACAGCACAUUCCCUGGGCAGGGAGUAAAUGCGGUUGUCUUCUCUGGAUUUGGGUGCGCUCAUCGAGUGCUGUGCGAUAUUGGCGUGAAACCCACCUUCCCUUCCCUGGAUGAUGCGUUCUCCAAAUUUUUGUCGCUCAUCCGUGACAACGCCUGA